AUGCUCACAGCAUACUCUUUAUUUUCUACUGGGUUACUAGCAGUUGCCAUUAUUACUAUCCUCCUUCUCUUUGUUGCUGCAUAUUUGUUCAGUCCUCCCGGCAGUUUCCCAAGGAAUAUACCCACUAUCCCUUUUUACUAUGCGCUUCUUCCUCUCGUCAAGGACAACGACCAGGAGGUUCUUUACCGCAGAUACUUGGAGCCUCUUUUUGAGAAACAUGGAGCGGCAAAAAUAUUCUUCGGUGGUCGAUGGAAUAUCCUGGUCCAGCGCCCGUCCUAUAUUGCUGAGGUUUUCAAGUUUGAAGAUAUCUAUGCCAAAAGCGGAAACCAUGUGAAGAUACCCCAUAGCGUGUUGGCGGAAUACACCGGAGACAACAUCAUCAGCGCCCAUGGUGAGAACUGGAAGCUAUACCGGUCGGUUCUUCAGCCACCACUUCAACAGGAUCAGGAUCCGGAACCUAUUUGGCGCAACGCUCGUCUCCUCAUUGACCUCCUGUUCGAGGAGCAAAAGUCGUCCGCGGGGGGUUCCGUUUUGCUGCCGCAACUCCUUCAACGGUAUACUUUGGCCAACCUCGCGGAAGGACUUCUCGGGACCAGUUUCGAGACUUUACAACGAAAGGACGCGGCUCUUCACGAAUUUCAGAUGCAAAUCAAGCCUUUGAUUUUCAGCCCCGUCUUCAUGAACUUUCCCUUUCUAGACCAUUUAAAUCUCCCCAGCCGGAAAAAAGCACGUCAACUUGCGAGACAGUUCGCCAGCAAACUCUGUGCAGUGGUGCAACAAGGCCACCAACAUGCGCACAAUGACAAGUCGACCUCAAAUGUCGGCUGCAGUGUAAUCGGGGCAUUUGAAGAAGGGAUUCUGACGGAAAAGCAAUUCAGAAACAACAUGGUCAGCGUUUUCCUAGCAGGCCAUGAAAACCCCCAGCUCCUGCUUGUUUCGAUGAUAUUCCUGCUUGGCGAGCACCAGGCGGUCCAGGAAAAGGUCCGCAGGGAGCUAUUUUCGCUUGGAGACGAUGAACUGGCAUAUCCCGUCCUCCAAUCGGCUCCAUACUUGACGUCUGUGAUAUACGAGACUUUACGGAUGUAUCCGCCAAUUUCGCAACUCAUCAAUCGAUGCACGACCAGGCCCGUGCUUUUAGGAGGAAAAAUCCCUCUGCCAGCCGGCACGUACGUGGGCUACAAUGCCUACGCAACCAACAGGGAUCAAGAGUUCUGGGGAGCAGAUGCCGAUGAGUUUAAACCUGAGCGCUGGGGUCAAACAGCCGAAGAUAUCAACACCAUGUUUAGGAAAGCGAACGCCAAGGGGGCAUUCAUCUCGUUCCACGGAGGGAGGCGAGUAUGCCUUGGACAGAAAUUCGCGAUGUUCGAAGCAAGGAUCACGAUGGCGGCGGUGUUACGGUCUGUGGAGUGGAAGAUUGAUCCUGCAUGGCCUCGAAUGAUGACGCCGGUGAGUAACAAAAUCCAAAGUCAUGAUGCAACAGAUAUUAAUAGCGUGGGGAUCGACAGGCUGGGCCACUGUAUCCGAGAAAUCUGCGAGUCCGAUUCCAGCGGAUCAGCAAGGAAUAUUCCUAACGGCACAAUGCUUAUAUAUCCCAACAGCACUGGGACAGACAGACAAUACCACGCCCGUAGCGAACGAGCAAUCCCGAAAUCAAAUCGGCCUGCUCCUGCUGGUAGAGAGGAAGCCCUGAAUCUAGAGAAUGCCCCUUGUUUAGAUAGUUCAGCCAUGUUUAUAGACCAUUCAAGCGCUCUCGCAACCUGCGCCUCGAAAUGCUGUGUUCCCGUCAGCCUUAACACAGCUGCUCAGCCGUUGCCGUAG